AUGAUCCUCAGGAUGCGAGCACUACCUACCCUACUAGUCGAUAGUGCCAGACUCCCAGCCAGCGCUUUCAACACCAAGGCAGAGUUUCUAUCAUGGCUAGCCCCUGGUUAUUCUCUCUGCGACUCCCUCAUCUAUCGCCCGGAGUCACAGGACUCGGUAUUCCGUCAAUACCCCGUGUACGCACGUAUUGUUCCGAUUUUCGCACCCGCACCCUGCUGGUCGUAUCCAUACCGUACCAAUACCGAGGCCUCCCCAGAAUUAACGAAUCCACGGCUGUCGGGUGGACCGGAAAGUGUAAAUCACAAUCGCUGA